AGCCAGAAACGUUGUGUCCCUGAACGCAAACGCACUGCUGAGCAGGAGGUGAAUAAAGUUGACAGUAUGCUGCGGUGGAGAGUGUCGAAGCCCACGGUGCUGAGUCUUUUGCUAAUUCAGGCUGUUGCAGUGGUGCUUCUGUACGGAUGGUACAGCCGUCCACCGUCUCAAAACACCUCUCCGUCCGAGGGCAAGGUGCAUGUGCUGCUGCUGUCAUCUUGGAGGUCUGGCUCAUCAUUCCUGGGCCAGGUGUUUAACCAGCAUCCGGAGGUCUUUUACCUGAUGGAGCCAGGCUGGCACGUGUGGAUGUCUAUAAAGCAAGCCGGUGCACGUAGCUUGCGAAUGGCGGUGCGCGAUAUGAUUCGCAGCGUCUUUCAGUGCGACAUGUCGGUGAUGGACGCUUACAUCCCCCAGCCACGCAACGUCUCCAGUCUCUUCAUGUGGAGCCACAGCCACGCGCUCUGCUCUCCACCCGCUUGUUUUCUCACAGCUCGCAACGAGAUUAGCAAAGAGCAAGAAUGCAAGCAGCACUGCGACUCGCAGGGUUUGAAGCUUGCGGAGGCAGCGUGUCGGACUUACAGCCAUGUGGUGUUAAAAGAGGUGCGCUUCUUCGAGUUGGAGUCGCUGUACCCGCUACUGCAGGACCCCACUCUGGAUCUGCGCAUCAUCCAUCUAGUUCGUGACCCACGAGCGGUGCUUCGUUCCCGAGAGAAGUCGGCCUACGCCCUGGUGCAAGAUAGCGCCAUAGUGCUCGAACAGGCGAGCCUUCCGGAAAAGGAUAAGCCGUACAAGGUCUUGCAGGAGAUUUGCCGCAGUCAUGUUCGCAUUUAUGAGACGGCCAUGUUAAAGCCGCCCGAUUUCCUACGGGGACGCUACAAAAUGAUACGUUACGAGGAUCUAGCGCGUAACACUGUGGCCGAGAUCGAAGCCAUGUACGAGUUUGUGGGGCUGGAGAUGACCGAAACUUUGCAGGAGUGGAUCUACCGCAUCACCCAUGGGAAGGGCAAGGGAACGAAGAACGAUGCCUUCAAGAUCACCUCGCGAAAUGCAGAGGACGUCUCCUUGGCUUGGCGAACCACCUUACCGUUUGAAAAAGUCCAGCGCAUCCAGGAUGUUUGCAAAAGAGCCAUGACUCUGCUUGGAUAUAAAUCAGUGGAUAGUGAGAAAGAGCAAAAGCUGCUGUAUUUAGACCUGCUGACGCCACAUGAACUCAAUCAGUUCAGCUGGCUGCCUUCUAAAAGCACUUCCGCUAAAGUAUAGAGACGCUCCAGUGAUCAAAAGCAUAAAGACCAAAGAACGGUGUGGCGUUUGUCCAUCGGUUUUGUUCUCCUUCACUUCAUACAAAAGUAUGGACUGUCCAACACAGUGUCCUAGUGACCAGCAGAGAAUGGGACGUUCCUCUGUCAAACGGGACACUAGAGCAAUGAAGCGCUGUCCUCUUCUUAAC